AUGUUUGUAAACGCUCGAUCUCUCAAAAAACCGGGUGCCACAAGUGAUUUACUAGCAGAUAUUCUAGAAAACAAUAUUCAACUUUGCUGUGUCACCGAAACCUGGUUCAACUCAGAGUUUCCCUCAAGUAAUUUUUUUAUCCCCAACUACAACCUCAUAAGGCACGAUAGAACACCUUCCAACUCCGACAAAAAAACAGGUGGUGGAGUCUGCAUCUAUCACCAUGAAGAUAUUGAAAUUCAACCUAUCAAUGUAUCUAGAUGUCAACAGUUUGAGAUCCUAUGGACAAAAAUUACAGCUCCAACCAAGCUCAUAUUGGUUGUUCUGUAUUACCCACCAUGCUUAAAUAAACAAAAAGACUAUGUUGAUUACCUCGCCAGCACUGCAGAAGACCUCAUGCUCACCCAUCCGAAUUAUGAACUAAUGAUUGGAGGAGACUUCAAUGACUUGUCCACAGUCGAACUCACAAGCUGUAUUCACGUAUCCAACUGCCUCGAUGCUCCCACCUGCGGAAAGAGUCAACUCGAUUUUGUUCUAUGCUCGAACCCUAGUCACUUUGAAUUUCACACCACAGACUCGAACGUCAAAACUGACCAUAAAGCAAUAUUGGUUUCACCUAAAUGCCCCACCCCAUCAAUCAAACGUCUCCAUUAUUUUCGCGAUCAAAGAUACCAGAACGUGUUCAAUUUCAACAAUCAACUCAGUUAUGAAGAUUUUACAUAUGUUUACACGACCUCAGAUCCUGACGUCGCAAUGAUGGGUCUCCUGGACCAUCUAAAGGGAGUUCUCGACCUCAACUGCCCCCUCAAAAAAGUGAAACUCUCAAAUAAAGAUCCUCAUUACAUUACUCCUCUAGUUAAACACUUGCUGAAAAAACGUAACCAACUGAACAGGAAGCGAAAUCAUCGACAAGUCUCUCUCCUGACUGACCAAAUUCGAAAUCUGAUAAAAGACAACAUGCUUAAGGGAUCUGGAAGGCGAGGUACUCAGAAGUGGUGGAAUGUAGUGAAUCAGCACACUGGACGAAAACAAAAUAGCACCACCCAAAUACCGUUCACCCCAGAUGAAAUUUGCAAUUUCUUCACUGAUAUAUCAACUCAACAUGGCCCAAUAAACUUACCACCUCAUGAAGUAGUCGGCGACUCACCAAUCCCAGAGCUUUCCCUUCACCAGAUCUACUACUCUUUGCUUGGCCUAAAGAAAACAGCGGUCGGAUACGAUCAACUUCCCACAUGGGUUUUCAAAGAUAAUGCGCAUAUUCUAGCCGAACCCAUUCAUUCGAUUUAUAACAGAUGUCUAGCAUCAUCCUCAUUCCCUAACAGUCUGAAACGUUCUCGGAUAAUUCCGGUCCCAAAAAGUGCUAAAGUAAAUGACUUGAAUAAUCUCCGCCCUAUACCAGUGACCCCAGUAAUUGCGAGACAUUUCGAGCGACUAGUUUACGACAAUUUCCUUAAAGAACCCUACAAUCGAUGGUUAUCGAGAAAUCAGUGUGGUUUUCGCCAAGGAGGCUCCACUGAGUUUGCCCUUCUGAAGAUCCUGGAUACCUGCAAAAAUCUAGACACUAGUGAUCAUGAUUAUAUCAAGCUGAUUUUUUUAGAUCUGAGCAAAGCGUUCGACAGAGUACAACAUGAGCUUGUCCUAACCCAGCUCAAAAAAAUAUCUGGUUUGAGUCCCUUCAUAAUAAACUUCAUUCGAAGCUUUAUAACUGAAAGAAGUCAAUUCGUUUGCGUGGCUGGAAGGUCAUCGGACUUGAUGUCACCCAAUUAA